AUUUCAAGGCACCAAGUCAGACUCUUCAACCUCUUCUAUCUAGUAUUCAAUUCACCUUCAAUAUCAGCUUGUUCUCCACUCUAAAUUCUCCUUACCCUCCACUCCUACCCAUAAUUAAUUAAUUAACAAUUAAAGCAAAUCCCAUCUCUCUCUCUCUCUCCCUCUCUCUCUCUCUUCCCCCAGAAAAUCAUUGCAUAUAUAAUGGUCUAAGCGGUCCAAAAUCAAUCUGCAGGAGAUCCCAAAACUAAAUAUUGAUGUGGACUAGUUUCUAGGGAUAGAAGCAUCAUUCAGCCUUUUUUUUUUUUAUCUUCUUCUCUGGUCCACACCAUUAUAUCUACUGAGGAUCAUCUCGGUUGCUUCCAGCUCCCCUCUGCUAUAUUUUACCUGAUUUUUCACUUCUUAGCCCUUCAAUUUGGUAGUUGAAAGCUUCUUGCCAAAGGUGAAUUAUUUUGUUCAGUUUUCUCUCCAUUUUUUUUCUCUGUUUUUUAGAUUACUGCUUCAUAUCAUUUUACUCUCAACUCCAUUUUAUUUGUAUGUGAUCAUUAUCAAACAGGUGAAAUAAACUAUUACAAACAAGAGACCAAAAAAAAAUGAGUCGAAGAGAAAACAGUCCAAAGCUGGAAUUGAAGCUGAACCUAUCACCACAGGCUAACCAACAAGUUGGAUCGCCAAACACAUCGGUUUCCUCCUGGGAAAUGUCACCUGAAAGCUCGUGCGUGUCUUCGGAGCCUGACGACUCUACGUCGAUGCAAUACAGUAGUCCUGAAGCAACUUCGAUGGUGCUGGUUGGAUGUCCUCGAUGCCUCAUGUACGUUAUGCUGUCGGAGGUGGAUCCCAAGUGCCCCAGAUGCAAGAGCACCGUCUUGCUUGAUUUUCUUAGCGAAGAGAACGCCAAAAAGGCAAGAAACUGAAGAAGAAGAAGAAGAAGAAGAAGUAGGAUUUUUCUUCUUUCUUUCCAUGGAACAAGUACAACUUACUUCUCUAGAAUAGGCUUUUUUUUUUUUUUCUUUUUGUUUGGUUUUAGUUUCUUCUUUCUUUUAUUUUUGCCAGCUUCUUUUGUGUUGGAAUGUUUGAAGUUUUCUGCUAAUAUAUAUCUUUGUUUCUUUUCA